AUGGAAGAACAACUUAACGAGAUACUUAUCACAUUACAACGAAUCCAGCUUGAGAAUCAGGCCUUACGUCAAGAUAAUGAGGAUGUUCGCAAUGAACUCAAUCAACUUCAAGCCCAAAGAGGAUCGGAUAUCCAGUACAAGGAACCAAAAGUGAGUCUUCCAGACAAGUUCGAUGGCACACGGAAUAAAUUUAGAGGAUUCUUGAACCAAGUUCGUCUUAUUAUGCAAAUGCAAUCCAAUCAACUGCUAGAAGACUUUGAAGCUUUAAUAAAGGAGUUCGAGGCAACAUUCGGCGAUGUAGAUAAGUCUAGAACAGCCGCUAAUAAGAUACGAAAACUUACCCAAGGGACAAGGCCAGCAUCGAGCUAUGCAUCAGAGUUCAGACAAAUUGCAAGUGACUUGGACUGGAGUGAAGCUGCUUUGAUUGACAGGUUCCGAACUGGCUUAAAAAACGAUGUCAAGGACCUGUUACUUACUCUAGAGGACCCUACAUCAUUAAAUGAUGCAAUAUCAAAGGCUGUACGAUGUAAUAACAGGCUAUUCGAACGAAGGCAGGAACGUUCAAGGGACCCAAUCUGGGGAAAAGGUCUAAACCAAGCCCCUAGUAACCAUAUGAACCCCUUAACUGAACCCAUGCAAAUAGAUACCCUAAGGUACAAACCACUAUUAGAUGAAGAAAAAAAUCGGCGACGUGCAAAUAGACUCUGCUUGUACUGUGGUGAGCAAGGCCACAUAGCUAAGGGUUGCUCUAACAAAAGUAACCCACGACCCAAAAUUGGUGCAAUCGUAGUUCCCAAUGAGUUUUCGGGAAAAGAGCAGCCCCAGCCGCAAAGGCCAUCACCCAGGUCCCCUACAAACACUCUUACUAUCGGACUAAGCUUACAUUUAUCUGAUGGAUCCAAAGUAAAACUUGCAGCCUUGAUUGAUUCAGGGGCGUCCGCUUUCGAAGUGAUCGAUGGCAGAGAAAUUUCCUCUGGAAACAUUAUACAUGAGACGGGUCCAUUACUCUUGAGUGCUCAAAGCCACCACAAGAAACUGUCGUUCAACCUUAUUCAAUCCCCUCAUUACCAAAUAAUUCUAGGCUUACCAUGGUUAGCCCUACAUAAUCCUACAAUUAACUGGCGCAAACGCCUCAUCACCUUUUCUGAUCCUAGUUGCAAGGCCCAAUGCCUAAAUAUACCAACCUCAAAUCCUCACCAAGCUCAAACAUAUGUAGUUCAAGUUUUCACAGCUCUAGCAUCCAGUUUCCACCCCACCGAAAUACCCGUAAUUCCAGAAAAAUAUCAAGACUACAGUGACGUUUUUAAUAAAAAAGAAGCUAAUAAAUUACCUGAAUCUCGGCCCUAUGACUGCGCCAUAGACCUGCUGCCAGAUAAGCAACUACCGUGGGGUUGA